CGAGUGAGUGAGAGAGAAACUGUCAGUUUACAGAAUGAAUGGAGCCUGCUUGUUUAUGGGCGCUUUUUGAUGUACUAAUUCUAGAUUCAAUGCAUUUAUAAUUCGGGACCAGUUAUGCCUUGGCUCCUGACGUGGGUUAUACUAGCUGUCGGUGUACCUCAGAUCCAGCUGGCUCUGGCACAGGAUUCCUCUAAGCUGCUAUCCAUAACAGAGCCUUUCUCCCUGGAGUCCUAUAACCGUACCCAGUACUGCCAGUGGCCCUGCAAAUGCCCUAAAACUACCCCCACCUGUCCGCCAGGUGUGAGCCUGAUCAUGGACGGCUGCGAUUGCUGCAGAGCUUGUGCCAAACAGAUGGGGGAGGUUUGCAACGAGAAAGAAAACUGUGAUCAUCAUCGUGGCCUUUACUGUGAUUACAGCGCAGACAAGCCUAGGUACGAAAAAGGAGUAUGUGCAUACCUGCCUGGCACUGGCUGUGAGCACAAUGGUGUGAUCUAUCGCAAUGGCCAGAGCUUCCAGCCCAAUUGCAAAUACCAGUGUCUGUGUGUAAAUGGGGCAAUUGGCUGUGUCUCACUGUGUAAUGAGUCUCAGCCACCCAGGGUGUGGUGCCAGAACCCACAGCGGGUUAAAAUCCCAUCCCGCUGUUGUGAGCAGUGGAUCUGUGAUGAGUCCAGGAGGGGGCGCAAGACAGCACCACGACACGCAAUGGCUGCCGUCUCUAGUGUAAAGGACAACUGGCACAAGAAUUGUUUGACCCAGACAUCCUCCUGGAGUCCCUGUUCAAAGACUUGCGGCCGCGGAGUGUCUUCACGCAUUUCUAACAACAACAUGCACUGUCAGAUGGUCAAAGAGAGCAGACUCUGCAACAUCCGGCCCUGUGACCUGGACAUCUUAAAACACAUCAAGCCUGGAAAGAAGUGUUUGAACAUCUACAGGUUGGAGAGGCCAUCCAACUUCACUAUCUCAGGCUGCACCAGUACAAACACUUAUCGGCCUAAGUACUGUGGAGUGUGUACAGACGAGCGCUGCUGCAUCCCCUAUAAAUCUAAGACUGUUGAGGUUGAGUUUCAGUGUCCUAAUGGAUCUGGCUUCACCUGGCAAAUCAUGUGGAUUAAUGCCUGUUUCUGCAACCUGAGCUGUAAGAACCCCAAUGACAUAUUCACAGAUCUAGAACAGCACCAUGAGAAGCGUGAGAUUGUGAACUGAAAGUGUACUAGCCCUUGCAGAAUUCAAUAUUGACUUAUUGCAAUAUUAGUCAAUAUAAAGAUUGGGAUAAGAACCACAGAUUUGCUUUUCUUUUGUCCAUUAUUUUAUGAGCAAGAGUUAUUUAAUCGACCAGAUCAUCUUUGGUCUUUUUCCUAGAAGACCUUUUUCCUUUAGUUAAAAGUCUUCCAUGCAUAGAAAUAUUAUUUAACGACAGUAUAUAAAAAAUAUAAUUUUUCGACAACGUGACUUCUUACAAUUAAAAUGUUUAUAUCUGUCAGGUUAUAUUUAUCACCCAAGAUUAGCACAAACAGCUUUUAUGUUACAUUGACAAAUUAAUCCUUUUGUACACAUGAUGUAAGUAACUGAUAUGACAAGAUCUUGUUGACUUUUGUGGUUAAAACCUUAAUUUAUGUAAAAUCUAUGUAAAGAAUAACUAGAGGACAUAGCCUCUCUUUUUUUUAUUACAUAUGUUCGAAUUUCGCAUUUGAGCUUUGUAAUAACACUGUAUACUUCGAAGAGUUAAAGUUUUACCUUGCAUGUACUGUCUAUAUAACAUGAUUAUAUAUGGAUACAUCCUAAAUUUCCCAUUAACUUGAACAGUUAUUCAAAAAAAUAAAUGACACCAAAAAUA